CGACGUGUUUGCUGUCAAAUUUAAAAAAUGUAAUGUUGGCAACCUUUUUGUUGGCAACAUAAUCUUUCCCUUUCUUUGAUCGUUCUUUUGACUUUUUCUCGUUGAAAUCAGGUGAAGUUUAAAAUAAGACCAAGAAUAACUUUUACAGGAUGUCUGCUUUAAUGUUUGAAAAGGUCUGGCUCGACAAAAAUGUUUAUAACGAUGCUGAGAAAAAAUAUUAUGAAUCCCUAAACAAGAGCCAAAGUAAUCCACUAGCGGUGGCAGGGUCAUCACUAGCUAGUGAAGUAGCAAAAGCAAGACAACACAUUAAAAACUCUCUUGAAUGUAUGGACAAUGUGGCGUCAUUAGCUGGUGUGCCCAACACAGAAAUACAAAGCAAGUUGAAUAAACUAGAACUUGAAAAUUCAGAUUUAAAGAAGGCAUUAGAUGAUUUACGCAAGUUAGUUAUCAGUCUUCAGGCCCGAGUAGACAGUAUUGAAUCUACAGGUGGAGCAAAAUCACAAGCAGCAGCACCAAAAGUACAAGCACAAGCUAAGGAAGAUCAAGAGUCAGAUGAUGGGGUUGACUUAUUUGGAUCAGAUGAUGAAGAAGAAAAUGCUGAGGCUGCAAAACUCAGAGAAGAAAGGCUGGCAGCUUAUAAUGCCAAAAAAUCUAAAAAACCUGUUCUCAUUGCAAAGUCUAAUAUAAUUUUGGAUGUUAAACCUUGGGAUGAUGAAACUGACAUGAAAGCUAUGGAAGAAGCUGUAAGGAAGAUUGAAACAGAUGGCCUUCUUUGGGGAGCUGCUAAACUUGUGCCCUUGGCGUUUGGCAUUCACAAACUCCAAAUUUCAUGUGUUGUAGAAGACGAUAAAGUGUCUGUUGACUGGCUGACAGAGGAAAUUGAAAAAAUUGAAGACUUUGUACAAAGUGUUGAUAUUGCUGCUUUUAACAAAGUUUAAAUUAUUGUUAAACAUUUAAUAAACUGAUAUUAUUUUGUA